AUGCAGUUCCUGGAUUGGCUAAUAGUAGCCACUUGCCUUCUCCCUGGGGUAACUACAACCCAGCACUAUCCAGGGCAGCCCAUGAACAGAGCCAGCGUGGGAGGUGGCCUGCAGGAGCCAGAGGCCCCGGAAGUGAUGUUUGAGCUGCUUUGGGCUGGGCUGGAGCUGGAUGUCAUAGGGCAGCUGCACAUCCAGGACGAGGAACUGGCGUCCACACGCCCAGGCCGCCGACUCAGGCUCCUCCUGCAGCACCACGUGCCCAGUGACUUGGAGGGUGCUAAGCAGCGGCUGCAGCAGUUCCAGGACCUGCGGAAAGGGCCUCCUCUUAGCCCUUGGGACUUUGAACACCUGCUCCUCACAAGCCUGUCCUGUGUCUACCGGCUCCAUAAGGCUAGUGAGGCUGAGGAAAGAGGUCGCUGGGCCCAGGUCUUCGCCCUGCUGGCACAGGAAACACUCUGGGACCUAUGCAAGGGUUUCUGCCCCCAGGGGCAGCCCCCUUCUCUGGGACCCUGGGCCUUGAUCCUUGACCCCUUUCCCUGA